AUGCCCUCCCGCCGAGGACCGCCACCCAUCUCAGUUCGUUUGCCCGUCGGCAAUGCGCAACCCGAACUUCCUCCCAUUUCCGCCCUGUUCCUCAUCGACUUCGAUGUAAAGGCCGGAUACACGAUUGUUUGGAAGCAAUCUGCUCCUGGAAUCGAGCUCGAGGGUUUGGUCGAGUACAAAAGUCUGCCUUCCGGCCUGCACACGGUACCAGACGACUUGAUCUACUUUGUUCACGAUGGUGAACACGCCGGACUGAGCGCAUUCGUCAACACGCCGUGCGACGAGGAGGAGGCGCGCCAUGCGCGUAUGAUCGCAGUCGGCGUCCUGGUGCCUUUGAGCUACGGCCGGCUGGGCCGGGCCUGGAGGCACGCCGAGGGCUUGAAGGAUAUUGCAGCAAAACUCGCCGAAGAUCGCAAGAACACUGCAGUUCUUGAUGAAUACUGGAAGAACUACAAGGCCAAAGAAGGAGAUGAGCAGGACCGCCCGCCUCUGGAUUCUCCUUCCAUCAGUUUCAGUGCCCAAGCUGCCCAGCCCAAGAAAUCGAAUCACAACAGAAACCGGUCCGCGUCCGAUGGAGCGGCUCUCGGACAGCCGGGUCAUCGACUCUCUCCGUAUCACCCUGCUUGGAGUUUGACAGACUUGCUAGACACCUUUGGGCCCCUCAUCUUCCCCAUUCACAGGGCCGCAUUGCUUCGCAAACGCAUCUUGAUAUCCUGCCACGCGCCAGUGCGUGAAAUCUGUAACUUUGUGUAUAAUAUUUCGGUUCUUUCCAAUAUCCCCCAGACGGUCGCGGAGCUGCUAGCUCCGUCAUCAUCAUCACAGCGUCUCAGGCCCUUGUUCACAAUCGGCGUCCAUGAUAUCCCGUUCCUAAUGGAAGACUUCGAAGCUUCUAAACGCCAUAAAGACGACAGCAACGACGGUAUCGCAGAUGAAUCGGGAAGUGGGUGGAUUGCUUGCACAACUGACAGCAUCCUGGCCAUGAAGGACACCCUUUGGGACAUGCUCAUCACCAUGCCCCCGCCUUACGCACCGAAUUCCAAGGAAAAGGUCUGGCCGACGGUUGAGUGCCCUCGUGGAGUGCCUGUCAAAGCGACACAGCGUGAUCUGCGUCGAUUCCGUGCCUUGAAGAGCGGUCUUGCUAGGCUGACGGCUACAACGCCGAGGCCGAGAACGGCCGAAAGCCCACGAUCCGAGACCUCGACGAGUUUCAAGCUCACGACUGGUGCCUUCCCCGCCUCUAACCUGGAAUCGGACGAGGCUCUGGACAAGAUCGUUGAGCCGUUGAGCUGGUCUGCUCUAGCCUACAAUGGCUUUAUGUGGUGGGCAAGUGCUGGAGAGCAGGCCCGGAGCGAAGAACAAGAGGAGACGGCCCAUGAUAAUGCACUGUUGGCAGAUCUGGGUUUUGCUCCUCACACCCCGAGCAUGACGAUGCCAGGUCCGAAGAAACGAUCAAGCUCUGGCGGCAUGAGGGAUUCGAUCGGAUCCAUCGCGUCACGGCAAUCUGUCGGACCUGACGAUGAUGAGGCUAGAACUGAGCUAGCCGUCAUUGCCUACUUUCACCGCUUGACGGCGCAAAUGUUCACAGUUAUGUCUGACCUUGUUGAGAGCUCCGACGACCGCUAUGAAGAUGACGAUGACGAUGAGGAGGCGGAGGACACUCCGCUGAGGCCUGACAGCGAAUCCGAUCUGCGUCCAGUGCGAGUUGAGAGUCAUGCGCUCGAGAGCAUGGGGCUUGACGUCUGGAACGCGCACGACGCCGAGUUCGUCAAGGAGCUCAUGGCCAAGUACUUUGACCGCAAGCCCUACAUCGAGGGCAAAGGAAUCGAGAACGCCGUUGAGGCGGCGUUCAACCCCACCAGCGACCAGAAUCUCAAGCAGCAAGCCUACGACUAUCUGAACCAGUUGCGAGUCGAUCCUCAGGCCUGGCAGGUCUGCACUACCCUCUUCGCCCGAACCCCGAGACCCUCCGAAGUCGUCCGUCUGUUCUGCCUCGAGGUCGUCAACUAUGCCGUCCAUACCCAAGGCCUCGACCGCCAGAGCCUCUCAUGGCUGAAGGAUAUCCUCCUCGACUACGUCCGGAACAUGUACGGCAGCUCCCAGCAGGACGAGAUCGACCCGGCACACUUGCAGAACAAAUUGUCGCAGACUCUCACCUACUUAUUUGUCUUUUUGUACAACGAUGGCUGGGACUCCUUCAUCGACGACUUCUUGGCCGUCGCCAGCAGCACAAACAACACCGCUGGUGUCGUCCUCUACCUGCGAAUCCUCGGCUCGAUCCACGACGAGAUUGCCGACAUGCUGUUGACGCGGAACAGUAGCGAUGCGAAGCGCAACACCGACUUGAAAGACCAGUUGCGCGCGCGUGACGUCCAAAAGGUCGCUCAGUCCUGGAAAGACCUGCUGGCUCAAUACUCGGAGCAGAAUGACCACAUUGUAGAAAUGAUUCUAAAGGUCAUCGGCAAGUGGAUUAGCUGGAUGGACAUCUCCUUGAUUGUCAACCAGGAAAUGCUCAACCUUUUGCUCCCCGUCGUUGGACGGACAAACCACUCGGGCAAGGAAGACAAGGUCAGGGAUGCUGCUAUCGACACCCUCACCGAGAUUGUGGGCAAGAAGAUGAAGGGGCCAGAAAAGAUGGAGCUUAUCUCCUUCCUGAACCUGCGUAGUAUUGUCGCCCAGCUGAUCGCCAGUGCGCCUUUGAGCGAUCUCAAGUCCACCCCGCAGUACGACACCGAUCUCGCGGAAGCUGUCGCCAAGUUGGUGAACACCGUCCUGGCCGACAUUGUGCGAGCUUUGGAGGACGGACAAGCCAGUGAAGAUACCCGCUCAAAGGCUGAGCAGCAUCUUCACGAGUUCCUCCCGUUCCUCCUGCGUUUCUUCUCCGACGAAUACGACGAGGUCUGCUCAACAGUCAUUCCGUCUCUCACGGACCUCCUCACCCUGUUGCGAAAGGUCGGCAAUCUGCCUCCUUCCUACAAGGAGAUGCUGCCUCCCAUUCUCAACGCCAUUAUCCUGAAGAUGCGCUACGACGAGACCUCCAACUGGGGCGAUGAGGACGAACAAACGGAUGAAGCAGAAUUCCAGGAGCUCCGCAAACGGUUGCAAGUCCUUCAGAAGACUGUCGCAGCAGUGGACCAAGAAUUGUACAUCGAUGUACUAAGCAACCUUGUUUCGCAAACUUUCGGCACACUCGAUCAGCAAGGCUCGCAGAUGGACUGGAGGGACCUCGACCUAGCACUUCACGAGAUGUACUUGUUCGGUGAAUUGGCGCUGCCGAAUCAGGGUUUGGGCGCAAAGAGCCAGCCGAACAACACGGCAACAGAAAGAUUGACCAUCAUGGUGACGAAGAUGGUCUCGUCUGGAAUUGCCGAGUUCCCUCACCCCGCCAUUCUGCUUCAGUACAUGGAGAUUUGUGUCCGAUACUGGCAAGUAUUUGAUGCUCGGCAAGAGUACAUCCCUCAAGUCCUCGGGAACUUCGUACAACUGGUACACCAUGACCAUGUUCGUAUCAAGACACGGUCAUGGUACCUUUUCCAGAGAUUUGUCAAGUUCCUCAGGGCCCAGGUCGGCAACGUUGCCGAGACCGUCAUCGGGUCCAUCGGUGAUCUCCUCCCUAUCAAGGCGGAGGUCUCUGAGAACAACGGAGACGAUGACAUGUCUUCGGACGAGUCCGACCACUCUGCGGAUGCCUUGUUCAACAGCCAGCUUUUCCUGUUCGAGGCCAUUGGCUGCAUUGCUUCGACCGGAAGCACCCCAGCAGACAAGCAGGCCUACUAUGCUCGGCUGGUGAUGUCUCCUUUGUUCAGUGACAUGGAAGCCCACCUGCCCAAGGCGAAGGCUGGAGAUGCUCAAGCCAUCCUCCAAAUCCACCACAUCAUUCUGGCUCUCGGCACCCUGGCUCACGGCUUCUCGGACUGGACCCCGGGUAGCACCUCUACCCAACAACGCCCUCCCCCGGACAAGCUCGUGUCCGAUGAGUUCUCGAGAGCCGCCGAAGCUAUUCUGAUCGCACUCAGGGAACUUAAUAGCUCUGCUGAUAUUCGCACCGCGUGUCGUGCUUCGUUUUCCAAGUUGCUUGGCGUUCUUGGGUCUGCUGUUUUGCCCCAGCUUCCUCAGUGGAUCGAAGGGUUCCUGUCUCAGAGUUCUUCCAAAGACGAGAUGGCCAUGUUCUUGCGGCUACUGGACCAGAUCGUCUUUGGCUUCAAGGCCGAAAUCUUUAAUGUCUUGAAUUUGCUGCUUACCCCCUUGCUGCAGAGAAUCUUCGCCGGUCUGGGUGAGCCGGUGACGGGUACGGAUGACGAGAUCCAGCUUGGGGAGCUGCGUCGGGAGUACUUGUCCUUCCUGUUGGUGAUUCUGAACAACGAGCUCCAAUCAGUCUUCAUCAGCGAGGCCAACCAGGCCUUCUUCGAGUCGAUGAUCACUUCCAUCCUCACGCUGGGACGUACUCUGGUGGCCGAAAAUAUCGGCCCGAGCCGCCUCGCCUUCAGUGUGCUGUCGCGAAUGGUUGUCGUUUGGGGUGGUCCCGACGUCGCCAAGAUCUCCGAGAACCCCUCGCCCCCGAGCGGCUCCGCCAACCCGUCCAUUCCGGGCUUCGACCGCUUCAUGAUCGACCGGUUCCACCCGCUCUGCUGGGAGGUUUUCCAGGACCCCAACUUCAGACCUCACAACGACGCCCAGAGCAAGCAGGUCCUCAAUGAAAUCGCCGGCCUCGAGCAGGCCAUCUACGUCAAGACGGGAGACAUGUUCAUCCAGCACCUCCAGUCUCAGCUGUUCCCGCACCUGGGAAUCGACGGAUCCGAGUUCCUGCGGUCCAUGUCGACGUCGGUGGACAGGAAGGGGUUCUCUAGUUAUUUGCAAGGGCUUUUGAAGAGCCGGAGAUAG